CCGCUGAAGCUGGUGGGGCUGGUGUGCAUCUUCCUGGCGCUCUGCCUGGACCUGGGCGCCGUGCUGAGCCCGGCCUGGGUAACGGCCGACCACCAGUACUACCUGUCCCUCUGGGAGUCCUGCCGCAAGCUCAGCGACCUGGACUGGAUCUGCGAGUCCACCCUGCACAGCGACUGGCAGAUAGCUACUCUUGCUUUGCUUUUGGGUGGUGCUGCCAUCAUUCUCAUCGCUUUCCUGGUUGGAUUGAUCUCUAUCUGCGUAGGAUCUCGGAGGCGCUUCUAUAGACCAGUGGCAGUCAUGCUAUUUGCAGCAGUUGUUCUUCAGGUGUGCAGCCUAGUCCUUUAUCCAAUCAAGUUCAUCGAGACGGUCAGCUUGAAAAUAUACCAUGAGUUCAACUGGGGCUAUGGCCUGGCUUGGGGUGCAACUAUAUUUUCAUUUGGGGGUGCCAUCCUUUAUUGCCUGAACCCUAAGAACUACGAAGACUACUACUAGAAUUGUUUAGUUUAACAAAGCAAAAGAAGAAAAAAAAUAACAAAAAUAACAAAAAGGAUUACUCCAUCUUUUCUAACUCUCAGUUUUUUUAGAACACUUGUGGAGCACCAGACAGUCUGCUCUGUGGAUAAAGUAGCCUUUGCCUUUUGGCUGUGAACGCUGUAACCAGCUUUUACGUUCAAGAGAACACACAUAAAACGGCAGAUUAAAAACGGCUGAUCUUGCAUAGACAAAUGCUGCAAACUGUUGAUACAUUGACUUCAUUCUUCUUGACAACAAGCAAAGGAUCUACAUGACAAAUCAUUAUGAGAAAAGUAGUUGGAAUGAAAAUGCCCAUAUCUGCCAUUGCCUGCAGGGGAGCAGCUGGCAUGAGCUCUAUUUAGAAGUUUUCUUAUAUCAUGGAGAAUUCAAAGGUUGUUUUGAGCAGGCAGUACCAUUUUAUACAAUGAGCUAGCCUCUGGUCACGUAUUUGAAAAAUCUUUUGGGGAAUCAGUUGCAAGUGGAUGUAUGUUAGAGACUGUGAGUGGAACUGGUUAGUGACUUUCCUAAUAUCUGCAUUCAGAAGUCUCUGGAAAAAAGGAGGAGUUUAUGCAUUGGUGAUCCAUAUUUUCCCAACAAUGGGUGGCAAAUCACUGAAGGAAGACAGAACCUAAAAACACAUGUUUCUAAUUAUGUGGCUGGAAGUUGUCUCAGCUCUGAGCAUUGUGGAGGGAGGAAGGGAGGGGCUAAACGAAGGUAAAAGAGGGCCUCAUUUCCUUGAGGUAUAUAAAAUGCAUGCAGAAGCUACAUUUGUCUUAAAUAUCAUUUUAAUUUCAAACAUCACAGUAAAAAAUGCAUAAUGAGUCCAAGUAAGUAUUUUUAUAGAAGGUAUUUGUUAGUACAAAUAAAUAUAUAAAAAAUAUAUAGGUAAUGAAUCCUCACACAGAGGAAGACACAUAUAUUACAUCUAAAAGUAAUAUUAGCUAUGGUGCAGCGGUUAAAGCACUAACUUUAUGCACAUUCUCCAGAGUAUUGGACUAGUAUCUCUAAUUUGGGUUGGUAUUACAAAAUAAAUAUAAUGUCAAAUGCUCUGUUCUCUCUGUAUGUCCUUAUAGAAGCUCAGUUUUGAUGGAAAAUGUGUAAAAGUUCAUAUAAAGUUAAGUUUGAACAGAAUGAAAUGAUUAGCUGAUGAUGUCAUAAUUUGGUAAUUAUUACAUUUUUUAAUGCUGGUUUAAAACGAAGUUUUAAACAGAAUUGCCAUUUUAAAAAAUCCAUUAAACUCAUGAGUGUCUUCAGUCAACAAAAAUAUAGUUGAGACGAAGUCAUGCACAAGAACUGUUAUCAGUAUGGUAUAUCAGCUUUAUAAGUUACAUUUGUUUUUUCCCCGUUUGAGUUUAUAAUAAAUUGUCAAAAAAAUAUGCUUCUAAAGAUGGUUUCCCACAUAAAACAUAUAGACACUCCAAAUGAAACGAGACCUAAGUUAAAUUGGGAAAACUUUUAAAUUCACUUACCCUGAAUAACUUUUAUUUUUGAUUAAAAAUUGCUUAUUUGGGUCCUUUCAAUUAAUGGUGAGCAUAUUUUUAUACACCUGAUACAGUUAUAAUAUACAAGUUUAGAAAGAAUUAUUUUUGUUAAUGGGAAAAUUUAAAAUAUAACCUAUUUGGUCCUUUUUGGGGGAAAAAUAAUCUUCUCCUGUAUUGCUGUUAUAUAGCUAGUUCCAAAAAGUGAUUGCAAAAUUAGGACCACAUAUAAAGUGCUAAAUGGACACACCUUGGUUCACAGAGAGGAAGGAGGUUCUAAGAAAGGAGCUUAUACAUCCCACUUGUGUAAGGGGUAUAUAGCCACAAUUCUGCCUUUAGAAUGGUGUUUAUUAACUCACUGCUGUCAGACAAGAACUAGUUCUGAAUUCUGGGCCUUACUGCAGUAAAAUGUGUAGUACAGUAUGUAGUACUGCAGUAGAGUGUUCAGUAUAGGCACUGUUCCCUGGACCAGUAGUGUUAGCUAGACUAGGAUGACCAAGAAAAAUGGUGGUUUCACGUAAUGUGAUGAAGGACAAAAGCUAUGGGGACAUGAGGAAAAAGAGAAGAGCAUCUGUUUGUCUUGCAGGUAUUUGAACAUGUUUCUAACUAUACUUUUCUGAAACACACUUGAAGCAGAGACCUGGAGUGUAGUUAACUGUGACUUUCUAAACUACAGUGUAACUGCUUUUAAUGUGCAUGAGAGGAAGAUAAUGGGUUGCAACAGGAUUUAGCCUAAUUUUUAAAAAGCCUAUUGUGAAAGCUCUCUGUUCUUUUCUAGAGGAGUGAUACUUUGGGUGAUGACAAUUACCUGACACUGUUUAGUCUGAGAAGAAAAUGCAUAAAAUGAUAGAUCAGCAUCAUCGUUCUUAAUCUUAACAAAUCCCAUCUCUCUAUAGAGCUAGAGAGAAAAACAUGCAGCAGACUAAGACACAGAAGCAUAAAUUGCAUAUAUACAUUGGAAAACAUGGAAUUCUUACAUAAAAGCACCAUUCAGCAAUUCUUUUUAUUUUUUUCUAAAAAUUUUGGCCAUCUAAAGUCAGGUUCCUAUUUCCAUAAAACACUCAGGGUUCCUAUACACGUGUGUGGAAACUGCUCCAAUGCACUAGAAAUCUAGCGCGUCAGAGCAGACUCGAUUAAUCAAGUCUGCUGGAGCACAGAAAUUGACAUGCUGCAUCGUGCGUAUCAAUGUCACUGUGCAUUUCCAUGCUGAAAAAAUAGCAGCGCUGCUCUUUGAAAUAAAACAUAUUCAACGAGCUUUAGUUCAAAGUGUCCCACCACUAUUUUUUCAGUGUGGGAAUGUGCAGCAACGCUGAUACAUGUGACACAUGGGCACUUUUAAUUAGCACAGCUUGCUAAUUAUGCACCCAGCGACACAUCCCACAACACAUGUAAAAAUGCCCUCAGAUUUCCAGAGAUUCUUACACCUAUAUCUUCCAUGGAAUAUAUGGUAUCUGCUCACCUCUUAAGGUCAGGUCCUUCAUAUUUAGGUGCUUAAGAUAAUGGAUAUAGGUACCUUAAUUUAGCUUAUGCUACUGCUGCUUCUCCCCCGCCCCUCCCCAGUCAAGAUUGGCAACUCUGACAUGUUUCAGUGCUGAAUUAAAAGUAAAUGCAGUGUAGAACUGAACUAUUUUUCUACCCACAAAAUAAACCACUCUUGUGUUUCAGAGUGUAUAUAAAAUAGCUCUUUCAUUUUUAUAUAUUAUUCUUGUAUCAUGCCGUCACCACUUCAGUUGUAUUUGGCUUUAUCUCACUAGCAGGAUAAUUUUUCACAAAACAAGCCCAUUGUUUAUCUUCCAAAUAUAUAUAAAUAUAUAUAUAGCAGACUUGCAAGCAGGGCUAGUUCUUUGUAUUUUUUAAGCUUAAGGUAUGCCGUCCAGUGCUGAAAAGUACCUAGCACCUCUUUUGGAUUUCUUGCACAACUACAUUUAGCUUUUGUAAGUUCAACAUGUAAAUUUUAAAGACAUAAAUAUAGAGAGACCUAUGUGUUUGAAAAAAAAAAGAUAUAUAUGGAUUAGCAUGUAAUUGUAUAUUAUUAAACAUGCAAUGAACUGAUUGGUAAGUGAAGUCUAAUCUUAUGGCUAGCAAUGUAAUUUAUUCAGACUGUAUUUUUGUACAGAACAGUGCACACUAACCUAUUGCCUCUGUGUCCUCUAUAAUGCCUAAAACUGUGCCUAGAGAUCUCAUUUCUGUCUUCAAAAAACAAAUUACUAAGUACUUCAUGCUGUUGAUGGUAUUAGUUUCCCUAAUGUUGUUCUUUAUUUAUUUUUAAAAAGUAUGUGGUGUGUUUAUUAAACAAAUUCAUCAAAAUGUGGUUCAUUUUUAAUGGUCAUUGUUAGGGAGACAUGACAUGUUUCUUAUCUAAACUGUUUUAAGUUUGCAGUUUUAUUACCAUUUCUGCAUUUCACAACUUUUGUAGCUUACAUAAAGUUAUGUGGAAAAAGUAACUAAAAAUAAAAAAAAA